GUUUACCUUGACCUGGCUCUCUCUCUUCUUUUGAUAUUCAAAUUUGUAAAUGUGCCUGUCGUCUCUACCGUCUCUUUUACGUUUAUCCUUGUUCGACCAUCGGCAUAUUGCCAUUCAUCCUACCAUUCUCAUUAUCCCCCGUCGUCUGAUAUCAAGCAUCUCUGCUGAACUGUCCAGCCCUACUCGACAUUUUUCGCACUUAACUAACUACUAAGUCGACUGCACAUCACGCCGCAGUAUUCGAUUCUUUUCGCGUUUCGAUACGUCCUGGGAAAAUAGCAAAGCUAUCGCAUCACCCCUGCUCCUAACGAGCUCCAAUCCUUUUCUUUCGAGUGGGACAUCACGCUUGGGAGCCUGACGUACCUAGAGCAACGAAGAGAAACGCGACUUGUUAGCCGCGUACGGGUACGUACCCACUUUGGUGGAUCUCCACAACUCAUCUUCCUUACCCGCUCGUCAAAACAGUUCUAUCGUCCUCACAACCACAACUGUUCUUGAACAUAAACAUCGUCUCCGCCCAAACUUGCCCAUUGCUCCUGUCCUUUUACCUCUUGUUUACUUCCUCCGCCAACAACUUUCCAUUCCGGCCUGGGUCAUCCUCGACUAACAUACAGCAUCAGUCAUCGCUCCAUCUAUCACGACUCACAACAUUCCUUUCACGGUGUUUUCACCAGGCUUGUCCCAAAGCACUACCCCUUGUCAAUAUUACACCGAUCAACAACUAGAUAGUCAAGAUGCCUCCACAGGUUCGGGCCACUCGUACGCGCCUCGCCGGCAACGAGAACGACGAGAACAGCGGCACGACGCGUCUUACAAGAGCCCAAGCUGCCGCUCUCAAGGUUGAUGAGCUAUCACUGCCUGCUAAGGCUGCCCUGCAAACAAAGAAAUCCACAGUCAACGGUACCGCCGCCAGUAACACGCGGAAACGCGCUGCAUUGGGCGAUGUCAGUAAUGUAGGAAAGGUCGAUGGUGUUGCUGGAAAGAAGGCCAAGGGAUUGGUCUCCAAGGCUGCUCAACCCACCGGUAUCGAGAAAAAGACUGCGCGUCCUACCACAAGAACUGCUCUCGGCUCGAAGCCUACCAACUCCAAGACACAGUCCGGUUCCGGCACCAUUAACAAGCGAAAGGUUGGAACAGAUGCCGCCAGCACCAAGAUAAAAGCUCCCGUCAACGAGAAUGAGCAUCCCUCCAAAAAGCAGCAUCUUAUUUCUGAGGAACGUGAACGAUCAGAGACACCUGUUGAGGCUGAAGUCCAGAAGCCUGAGGUCUCUCUAGACAAGGCAGAGGUACAAGAUGCACCUUUCGAGUACCCUCCUGGCGUCAAGGACUUGGAUAGCGAGGAUCUAGAAGAUCCUCUCAUGGUUGCCGAGUAUGCCAAUGAGAUCUUUGACUACUUGCGCGAUCUUGAGGUCAAGUCGAUUCCCAAUCCUGAAUAUAUGUCUCAUCAGGACGAGCUCGAAUGGAAGACGCGCGGUAUCUUGGUCGACUGGCUCGUUGAGGUUCAUACCCGUUUCCAUCUACUUCCCGAAACCCUAUUCCUCGCCGUCAAUCUUAUCGAUCGCUUCCUAUCAGAAAAGGUGGUUCAGCUUGACCGUCUCCAACUUGUUGGUAUCACUGCCAUGUUCAUCGCUUCCAAAUACGAGGAGGUCCUCUCUCCCCACGUCGAGAACUUCAAGCGCAUUGCCGACGAUGGUUUUACUGAGGCUGAGAUUCUGAGUGCUGAGCGAUUUAUCCUGAGCACUCUCAAUUACGAUCUCAGCUACCCCAACCCGAUGAACUUCCUCCGCCGUGUCUCCAAGGCAGACAAUUACGAUAUCCAGUCUCGAACCAUUGGAAAGUACCUGAUGGAGAUUGGCCUGCUGGAUCAUCGAUUCAUGCCCUACCGACCUAGUCACAUUGCUGCUGCUGCCAUGUAUUUAGCGCGACUGAUGCUUGACCGGGGCGAAUGGGACGAGACUCUUUCUUACUACGCUGGUUACACUGAGGACGAGAUCGAGCAUGUCGUUCAGCUCAUGGUCGACUACCUCGCUCGCCCUGUCACUCAUGAAGCAUUUUUCAAGAAGUAUGCUAGCAAGAAGUUCUUGAAGGCUUCGAUUCUUGCACGCCAAUGGGCAAAGAAGAAUGCUGGCCUAUUCGGCGUCCACGACGUUCAUCUGAGCCUCGAUGAGCUAUCAUAGGCACUUCAAGUCACCACUUUUAUGGCACAUCUUAUUCGAUAUUCUGAAGAACAGGAUACUCGGCUAGCGGUUGGAUUCAGCUACACCGCCGCCUCACGACGUUAAUAGAUCACCGACGCCCUUUGGUAACCUCAUGGGCCAUCAUGAUACCACACAUUCCACUGUCGAUACCUGAGCGAGUAUGCAAUGAAAAGCACUUGCCGUAUUGGUCUGGAUUCAUAUUCUCACUGUCCGAUAUUACGGACAGCAUCUGCACUUUUUUGUUUGCGAUUGUCUGGUUUUUUGCACAUUUCCCGAAGCAUGCUUUUCGUCCUCAUACAUGGCGCAUGGAGUCACUGGCGAAGGAAGUUAAGGGCUUGGUUCGGCUGGUUGGAGUUGGCUGUGCAGACGGCCUAUUCAUGGGGCACUGGACGGGGAGUAAUGGAAGCCGUACGACACGGGCCACGGGGUGGCGGAUGCAAGCUGAGCUUGACAUUUGGCGGUCUAGCAAUGUUUCUCAAUGACUGGAGUAGGAGAACUCGGUACGGCUCUUGUGCAUCUCGGCUACCGUCGUGAAAAGGGCUUGUGAUAGAAAAUUGUACAUAUACCAUGGCCGGAUUACGGAAAGAGCCCAGGAAUGGCAGGAAUGAAGUUUUACAUUUCACGAAUACAUGGACCACAGUGGGUGAUUGUGGCCGGGGCCUCGGAUGGUUACAGUGGGUAAAUCCGCGUGCUAGUUAGCGGCCGCGUGCCUAUGUACGGACGGAUAGAGUUGGAUGUUUACGCAGAACAUGAUUAAUGUCGAAACGGUUGCCGUUGGAGACGGCGUCUAUAAACAUGGAUGGUUUUUGAUGCACUAGCCUUGACUCGGCUUUAACUGUUGGGUCGCGUCACGUCAGGCCCACCAAAUGUCAGAGACACGCUCUUUUAGGCCUGUGG